AUGGCAAAUAAAAAAGCAGAUAUUGCAGAUGAUUUUGAUAUUCCUAUUGUUAUUAUUGAAGAUUCUCCAGAAUGUGAAAAAUUGUAUUCAAUUUCUUCAAAAAAAAGUGAAAAAAAGAAAGGCAAUUGUUAUGAAAAAGACACGUCUUCAGUUAUGGGAAAUGAUUCUCAAAUUGACUUAGAAAGAAUAAAAUCAGAUGAAAAUGAACAGUCGAUUAUUGAUAUUUCUUCAUCUUCAAUUAGUUUUACAGAUGAACACGAUGAAAUAAGAAAUUUAGAUUCUGAAGAUGCUGUUGAGGAAGAAAUCCUAGAUUCAAAACGCUAUUCACCUCAUACAUCAUCUAUUUUAUCUACAGUAGAUGAGUUUUUAUUAAAUAUAAUGAAAUCAACAUCAGCAAUGGACUCGGAAGCUUGCCCAGAGUAUUUAGGCACUUCCAGUAAUUCAAAGUCAAAGAAUAAUUACGAUCCAAAAAAUGUUACAAUAAUUGAUCAAAAAGUGUUAAAAAAUACACGAAAAAAUUUUGAAAAAAAACGACUAUCUGCUUUAAGAAAUGUAAAUAAACUUAAAUCUAAAAAAGAAUGUAUAAAAGAGAUAAUUGUUGAUAUAGAUAAAAAUAUUUUAUCCUCUCCUUUAGGUUCUAUAUUAUCUGAUCUUUUGAAGAAAUCUGAAUGUGAAUUUAAUGAAUGGUCAAGCCCAAUUCCAAAUUUAAUAUUUUGGAAAAGGAAAGUUGUUGCAGAAUAUGAUGAGAAACUUGGUUAUUUUGUUCCUAUUCCAGAAGUCAUUCGACCAGAACAACAUGUUCUUAUUUAUAUGAAGGCUUCUGAAUUAUUGAAAAUUGAAUCCGAUUCUUCUAUGGAUGAAUUGAUUCAACGAUUAAUGAAAGAAUUUCCAAAGUCAAAAAUAUUAUUUAUGAUUGAAUCUAUUGAUGCUUUGUUAAAAAAGAUUAAAAAUGAUAGAAAUCGACGUUAUGCUGAUGUUAUAAGAGCUAAUAUAGAACUAAAUAAUUUAGAAAAAAAUAAUUUGGAAACUAUUUUAAUGCCGUCAGAAGAGAUUGAUGAAAAAAUAGAAAAUAUGAUGCUUCGUUUGCAAUUAGUACAUAAUACUUUUAUUGUAAAUACUUCAAGCGUAGAGAAUAGUGCAGAAUGGAUCUAUGUUCUUACAGGUGAUAUUUCAACUAUACCUUACAAGUUAAAAAUGAAAUUACAGUUGUCAUCAUCUUUUUGUAUGGAAUCUGGACAAAUAAAAACAGGUGUUGAUCCUAAAGAUACAUAUUUUAAGCUACUUCAAAUGAUUUAUAAAGUAACACCACAAAUAGCUAAUGUUAUAAUUGAAAAAUAUCCUAAGAUAUCGUAUUUAGUUUCUGCUUUUCGUGAAAACGGGCCAGAAGCUUUAUCGAAUUUAAUGAUUGGAAAUUUAAUGAAACGUAAAAUUGGACCAGUUCUAUCAAAAAGAAUAUUUCAUGCAUUUAUGACUUCAGACAGCACUGCAUAUGUUAUUUAG